GGGGCCGGGGGGGCCGAAGCGCGCCACCGGCUCCAUUCAUAAAGCAGCGGCCGCGGGGGCGCCGCCUGCGAUGGGGCGGCCCCGAGGGGACCCCCCCGCUGCCACCCCCGGGUGUCACCCCGGUGUCACCCCCGCAGGGGGGGGACAGCUGGAUUGCUUCCCGUAACUGCUGGCCAAGGGGGGUGCUCGUGUAAAAGCACCCAAACGAUGAGCCCUCGCUGUCCCCAAGACAGGAAUUAGGGGAGAAGGGGGGGGGGGGGGAGGUCCCCGUCCCAUCCCCGUGGUGCGGAGCAGGGGGGUUCCUGGCACCGCUUCCCUGCAGGUGUCCCCCGGUGAGGAGCAGCGGGAUGCGCUGGUGGCUCGUCACCGUCCUGGGGGUGCUGAGCGGCCCCGGCACAGGGACCGCAGGCUGCGGGGCGCCGCGAUGCCCGCCCGGAGAGGAACCCGUCGGGGCGUGCGGCUUGGCACAGACCUGCCGCCCGUGCCCCCCCGGCGCUUUCUCCCCUGGGGACGCGCCGUGCGCCCCGCACACCCGCUGCCACGCCGCCAACCGGCUCCUCCUGGCACCAGGGACGGCGGCAGCCGACAGCCGCUGCGGAGGCUGCGUGCACGGGUUUUACAGCCCUGAUGGCGAGAGGGAGCCCCGGGGCCGGUGCCUGCCCUGCUCCGUUGGCCCCCCCAGCACCCCGGGGUGCCCAGGCCAGCGGCGAGCCCGGAGCGCGGCGGCACCGCGGGGGCCGGCGGGGAGCAACGGGACACGGGAGGCUCGGCCAGAGGAGGCGGCGGCGGCGCAGUCGGCCGUGCUGGCCAUCGUGCCCGUCUUCUGCGCCAUGGGCUUGCUGGGCAUCCUCGUCUGCAACCUGCUGAAGAAGAAGGGCUACCACUGCACCGCGCACAAGGAGCCCGACCCCGGGGCCGGCACCGGUCCCAGCUCCGUCUACCAGAUCGAGGACGCCAACGAGGACACCAUCGGGGUCCUGGUGCGCCUGAUCACCGAGAAGAAAGAAAAUGCCGCAGCGCUGGAGGAGCUGCUGAAGGAGCAUCACAGCGCGCAGCUGGUGGCACCGGGCUGCAAACCUGCCUAUAAGCUGCACCUCCUGCCUCAGUUUCCCCCCGCCUGCCGGCACCAGCAGCACCUGCACACGGUGCAUGGCCCGGCCCCCCCCUCGGACCCCCCCUGCACCCGUUGCAGCCAGAAGAAGUGGCCCCAGGUGCUGCCGUCCCCCGUUAAUGCCACCAAGGCCCCCAAACCCGGGGCCAAGCCCGGCCGUCCCGGCGAGAUCACCAUCCUCUCCGUCGGCAGGUUUCGGGUGUCCCGUAUCCCCGAGCAGAAGCCCGGCACGGCAGCGGGGACCGGGGGUGACCCGUCCCGGGGUCCCCUCCCCGUCGGCAGCGGGACGAGGCCGUCGUGGCUGAAGAGCACCGAGAGCCGCCCCGAGGGCAGCCCCUCCGCGGCCAGGCUUGGGGACAGCACCCUCGCCAUGUGACAACCCCCGGGGGUCCCCAAAUCAGCCCCGCCGCAGGGCGAGGGGCUCAGCACCCCGCAGGGUGACCCAGCACCGCCUGGGGUGACGGCAGCCAAAGAAGGGGACGCCCCAAGCCGUGCCACCGUGGUGUCCCCCCCCCUCCCGGUGAGUGUCCCCAGAUGGAUGUCCCCAGCUCGGUGGUACCAGGACGACCGCGGCUCGCCGGGGCUCAGCACCAUCCCACCCGGGCCCUUUAUGGCCGUCGGGUGAUGGAUUCUUAAUUUUAUUGUUUUUUUAAAGCCACUGGGAUUAAUUUCUGGAAAUGAAGUCACUAAC